GUUGUGUACAGUAUAGUUGUAUCACCACCAAUCGACCUGUUACUUUGCUGUAUUAAAUUUUGGUAUACUUUUUCUUUCGCUUAUAAAUUGCUCUGUAUCACCCAUCUUCCUCCUAAGAUCAUCUUUAACUUAUUAUAAAAAAAAAAAACAGGAUUCACUGCUAGCUACAGAAGCUUUGAUCACAUGGAAGAUCGAAAAGAGAACAAGAACUCGCCAUGGCUAUCAGUACCACAGUUUGGAGAUUGGGAUCAAAAAGGAGGAUCAAUUGAUUACUCAAUGGAUUUCUCAAAGAUCAGAGAGAUGAGGAAACUCAACAAGAGAGAUGCUUCUCGAGCCAGUCUUGGCAACGAGGAAGAACUCAUUAACCCUUUUCAUGAUCAGCCUCCUGUUGAUACUGCCAAGCCUAAGAAGCUAACUACGGUUCACAGUGACAACAACAACCGCAAUGAGUUCUCUCACCAUCACCCACACUCUCCUUCUAGGAGGAGAAGAAUCUUCAGCUGCUUCAACUGUUGCGUUAAAGCUUAAAGGUGUUUACUUUUAUUUAUGAUAAUAACAACAAGGGGUGAUAUUUGAAGACAGAAAUGAGAAAUGGUAGUGCCACCUUGUUUUCCACAUGUGUUUCUUCGGCUGCAUCACAAUUAAAAUUUGUCUGUUGUUGUUUACUGUGUAUCUAACUAUGUUUGCUAAAUGUCAAGUGUAGUAAUAUAUAUUUUUUGUAAUUUUUGUUUGGUGUAUUUAGACACUGAUAAUUUUCAUUAUUGUGUAAUGUAGGGCAGAUUUGUGAUACAUUACGAUAAUGCGUUUUUAGAUUAAUGAAAAAAAAAUGAAUGGUGUUUACUCGAAAAGUAUUCAAAUAUCAUGUUUGCAUAUAUAACAAUGAAGUUACGUUUAAUAAAAUCAUCCUC